ACAGACAGUUACCCUCAGUUGAUCACCGAUUCAUCUUCCAGACCCGUCCCAGCUCCUCAGAGUUGGAACAUGAGCGCCUUCGUGAUUCUGUCGACAGGGCAGAAAAUGCCCAUGGUUGGACUCGGCACAUGGAAGAGUGCUCCAGGACAGGUGAAGCAAGCGGUGCUGGCAGCUUUAGACUCUGGGUACAGACACAUCGACUGUGCAGGUGCAUACGGCAAUGAACAGGAGGUGGGAGAGGCUCUCGCUCUCAGGGUCGGCCCUGGCAAGGCUCUGCGUCGGGAGGAACUGUUUUUAACAUCCAAACUGUGGAACACCAAGCAUGACCCCAAGGAUGUUGAGGAAGCAUGCAGGACGAGUCUGGCCCACCUGGGUGUCUCCUAUUUGGACCUGUACCUUAUGCACUGGCCCAUGGCAUUUCAGCGGGGGAAGGAGCUGAUGCCUCGACGGGAAGAUGGGACUGUGUGUUACUCUGACACACACUACCAGGAUACUUGGGUGGCCAUGGAGAGCCUAGUGGACAAAGGUCUGGUCAAGGCUAUAGGGCUGUCCAACUUUAACGCCAGGCAGACUGAUGACAUCAUCAGCAUGGCCAGACACAAACCUGCAGUGAACCAGGUGGAAUGUCAUCCAUAUUUGUCUCAAGCAAAUCUGCUGGCUCACUGUCGGUCAGUGGCAGUGUGUGUGACAGCCUACAGUCCUCUGGGCAGCGGGGACAGACCUUGGGCUUCUCCUGAUGAGCCUAGUCUCCUGGAGGAUCCACAACUGGGAGCCAUCGCCCAGAGAUACCAGAGAACACCUGCCCAGGUCAUACUCAGGUGGCACGUGCAGAGGGGCGUAGUGUGUAUCCCUAAAAGCGUGACACCCUCCAGGAUCCAGCAGAACUUGCAGGUGUUUGACUUUUCCCUGUCAGAGGACGACAUGAAGCUGAUGGAAUCCUUCAACCGCAACGAGCGCUUCAUCAUCCCAACAGUCGAGAGGGAAGGCAAGAGAGUGUGGAGAGAUGCAGAACACCCUCAUUUCCCUUUCCAUGAUCUUUAUUGAGUCUACACACCACAAGGAGUUCAGGAUUUCUUUGUAAACCUAACUGUCACACUGAAGAAAAACAAAACUGUGACCAAAAUAUGUUCUUUUUUCUCCUUGGGUUGAAUUGCCUUAAUAUUCAAGGGAUUACAUUUGUCAGGAAAUUGUUCAAAACUCACAAAAUGGGGACUAACUUAUGUAUUGUACUGAAUGUAUGUAAAAUGAUUAUGUUUAAUUUGACCAUGAUGCUUUCAUGCAGACUCACUGUUGCAAACAAAAAAUAAAAAUGUGUCCUAUGUAA